AGUUGUAGGUAUUACCCAGCACCGGGACCAGCAGUUUCCAAACAAGUCAAGACCAUGGCAGUCCUCAGCUCCAUGUUGCUGCCACUCUGGCUGUUUCUAUGCUUCGGACUACUGUGUUCUUCUGCCAGCUCUGCAGAUGACAUUGACAACUGCGUCCUCUUCAAUGAGGUCAUCACCACUGGCCAAGGCAUUAUGGCCAAUUCAGAUGUCUAUGAAAGCAACACAAACUACACAGUAUGGGUUCCCGUGAAUGCCAGCAUUAGCUCUGUGGUCCUGCGAGCCUUGGACGCGAACAACAACUCACUGGGCCUCUGGGAGAAAGCAGACAAGGUUUGCCGCAACAGCGCCCUGUAUCGCCUGGAUAACCAGAGGGACCAGAUCUUCAUGGCAAACUGGGUAUCUCCUAACUCGACGAACAUAACCACAGUCACGCUACAAGCCUUCAGUAUUAAUUUCUAUGAUACGGCUACAUUUUCUUCUCUGCAACUAGGAAGAAAAGACACAACCACUUCCCAGAUCUCUACAACCAGGACAAACCCACACCCUACCUCAACAACAGGACACAUCUACACAACAAGAACAACUCCACACUCAACUGCAACAAGAAAAUACCUCUCCACAACCACAACAACCCCACACCCAACCCCAAUGACAAGACACUUCUUCACAGCCAGGACAACCCCAUACCCAGUCCCAAGGACAACCAGCUUGGCCAACAGAACCUUCCUCUGCCCCAUCACAAGUGCCAUUCAGAUCCUGCUAGUGUUUCUCACCAGCAAACUCCUCUCCUAGAAGGAAGCUGAAAAACAGUUGCUCCUGCCUCUACCAUAUCCUCCUACAUUCAGUUCUAAGCCAGUGCUCUGACAGGCAUGUGAAUGAAGACUUUACAUUCUCAAAUGGGCAACUCUACUACCAUUGCUUUGGACCAAAACAGAGACCUGGGUGUCACUUGGUGGAGGGUAGUUAGUCCAUUCACUGGUGGAUUUGGGGCACACAGAUGUUCAACUGGUGAACAUCAACAGAUGUUCAAUUGUGUCUCUCAUGACACAAAUUAGGCUUUUUGUUGACUACUUAGACCUAGUCUGGGUGUAACCUGGAAUUCUGGCUCUCGGUUUCACAUGCUGACAGCCAAUUCCGCAGCCAAUGUAAACUUCUGUUCACUGCCAAAUGAUUCCUCCAUACCUGAAUCCCUGUGGGAACAACCUUUCUUCACUUUCAAGAUGACCUCAGAGUUCUGAUCAAACCCACUCAGCUUACACAGAGCUUCUGUGCCUCAUGUCACCCAACAAGGAAAGGAAAAAGGAAUAGCCCUGAUAUUAUUGGCCACACCAGUAGUACAUGAAGGACUAGAAAACAGGAAUGUACCAUGUCUGAGCAAGCAACCAUAGGUAAAUAUGACAGUAUAAAGACAUUAUUUCCUAUGUCAUACCAAAUAAGCUACACUUCAAACAAGAAUAAUGUGUUAAAUUCAAAUAUAAGUCUUUAAUGAGUGAUUAAAGUAUAACAUGCUAUCUAAUUUUAUUCAUGUAUAUGAACAUUAAAAAAAUUAAUAGAAUGGUGA